GAGUUAUUGGUGUCAAAAAUUUCAAAGAAUAAAAACCCCAGAAAUUUGACUCUCCUCAGUCUCCUUCCUGUUCCCAGUUCUCACGCCCCCAUACUCCACCUCUUUCUCUCUCCUCUUUGUCAAGUGUUGAGUAGCAACGAAAAUGUCGACCACAGAAGAAGAGAGCGCAGUCAAGGAGCCUCUCGAUCUCAUACGUCUCAGCCUCGACGAGCGUAUCUAUGUCAAGCUUCGUUCCGACCGCGAGCUCCGUGGCAAACUUCAUGCUUAUGAUCAGCAUUUGAAUAUGAUUCUUGGAGAUGUUGAGGAAAUUGUGACAACUGUGGAAAUUGAUGAUGAAACUUAUGAGGAAAUUGUUCGGACCACAAGGCGCACUGUUCCAUAUCUAUUUGUUAGAGGAGAUGGUGUCAUACUGGUGUCACCGCCUCUUAGGACAGCUUGAUGUAGGGCAUCACAAUAUUGACUAGAGCGUCAUAUAGUUGGAUCUGUUGUGUCCUUGGCAGAUAUGAAGAAACAGUUUUUCAAAUGUAACCUAGUUUGGACAGAAAUCAGGAUGUCACAACUUUGUGGAUUAAUGUAAGCCAUUUUUUAUGCGCUUCCCA